UGUUGGGCGGACUGAGCCGUCCCGUGUCGAAGAGGCAGUGUCAACACGGCCGCGCUGUCACACAGCCCGUCAGUUUGGGACAGUCAGGAGGGAAACAAACGGCUAGAAGCAGGCUCCACUCACCCGUGUCUUCAAGAUGAACCCUGAGCGAGUUGUCAUCGUCUCCGCUGCCCGGACACCGAUCGGGUCAUUGAACGGCGCUCUGUCCACCGUGCCUCUUCAUGACCUGUGCUCAGCGGUGAUCAAGGACGUUUUGAAUCGUGCCAAAGUGAAGCCUGAAGAGGUUUCUGAGGUUAUCAUGGGACAUGUCCUCACUGCAGGUCAGGGGCAGAAUCCAGCGCGUCAGGCCAGCGUUGGGGCAGGAAUUCCCUACCCUGUCCCGGCGUGGAGCUGCCAGAUGGUGUGCGGCUCGGGGCUGAAGGCUCUGUGUCUGGGAGCUCAGUCCAUCCUCAUGGGGGAGUCCACUGUGGUGGUCGCCGGGGGCAUGGAGAGCAUGAGCCGGGCACCUCAUACCGUGCACAUGAGAGCUGGCGUGAAGAUGGGCGACGCUUCCCUGCAGGACUCGAUAGUGGCCGACGGCCUGAUUGACGCUUUCCAUGGCUACCACAUGGGAAUCACAGCUGAGAAUGUGGCCAAGCAGUGGGACAUCAGUCGGGAGGAGCAGGACCGGUUGGCAGUGCAGUCUCAGAACAGGGCGGAGGCGUCGCAGAAGGCGGGACAUUUUGAUCAGGAGAUUGUCCCCAUUAUGGUACCUUCCAGAAAGGGUCCCAUGGAGGUGAAGACGGAUGAGUUUCCUCGCCAUGGAAGCAACCUGGACAGCAUGUCCAAACUCAAGCCGUGCUUCAUCAAGGACAGCAGCGGCACCGUCACGGCCGGAAACGCCUCAGGUAUCAAUGACGGAGCCGCAGCGACCGUCCUCAUGAGCCAGUCGGAGGCGGCGAGGCGCGGUUUAAAACCAAUGGCAAAGAUCGUAUCGUGGGCUCAAGCCGGCCUCGACCCUGCCAUCAUGGGGACCGGGCCAAUCCCAGCCAUCAGGAGCGCAGUUGAGAAAGCCGGCUGGCAGCUGGACCAGGUGGACCUGUUCGAGAUCAAUGAAGCAUUCGCGGCAGUGGCUAUUGCUAUAGUGAAAGAGCUCGGCCUGGAUGGAGACAAGGUCAACGUGAGCGGCGGUGCCAUUUCUCUGGGUCACCCCCUCGGUAUGUCUGGCUGCAGGGUGUUGGUGACCCUGCUGCACGCCCUGCAGAGGACCGGAGGACGGAAAGGCGUGGCGGCGCUCUGUAUCGGAGGAGGGAUGGGCAUCGCCAUGUGUGUGGAGAGGGUUUGAGACGAAUACCUCAUGCUGCUGAACAGAUUGCACUAGUAUUUUUUUUUUUUUCAAUGAAUAAGGGAUAAUUAAAUUUGUUUACACUUCAGGGUGAAAUCUCAGUAAUGCAACGUUUACCUGGCUUCUCAGUCACUGUCUGGUAUGAUCCUAACCAAUGGAAGCUUGCCAAUCUCACUGUGAACUCCUUGUCAAUUCAGCGUUGUCAUGAGCAUCGUUAACAUUUCAGUGUCUUAGCUUAGCAGCUAAUGUGUAAAAGCUUAGAUCUACUGUACUAGUGUCACACUACAAACAAUAUGGAUGGUUGUCUUAUGAAAUCAGCUGCUUUUAAUGAGAAACUUGAAAUGUAUGUGUGCAUACUUCAACUUAUGAUACAGUUUGGAUAAAAUUUUAACUUAAACAUUCCUUUCAGUCCCCAUCAGAAAUGACUGUACCUUCCUUCUGAUCGUGCCUCAGUCUGCAGCUCAGUGCUUACAGUUAAACAUGCCAGCCUUCUCUAAUGUAGUGCUUCCUGUACGAGUCUGAAUGUUGAAAACAUUUUCCUGGAAUCUCUUGGAUGUAAUAAAGA